AUGGCGGCCGGGCAGGGGGGCGGCGGCGGCGGCGGCAACGGCGGCGGCAGCAGCAGCAGCGGCGGCGGCAGCGGCAAUAACAACGGGACGGGGGGGCUGGGGAUUCCCGCUCAUCUCACUCUCUCCUUUUCGGCCGGACCGCACUGGGGGGCGGCCACCCUUCCGCAGCCUCACACGGUGCGCAGCUUGGACCGGGCCCUGGAGGAGGCGGGCAGCUCGGGCAUCCUCUGCCUCAGCGGCAGGAAGCUGCGCGACUUCCCGGGCAGCGGCUACGACCUGAGCGACACCACGCAAGCAGAUCUUUCCAAGAACAGAUUUACUGAAAUUCCUCCUGAUGUCUGGCUGUUUGCACCACUGGAAACGUUAAACUUGUAUCACAACUGCAUCAAAUCCAUUCCAGAGUCUAUAAAAAACCUGCAGAUGCUCACCUACCUGAACAUUAGUCGAAAUCUUCUAUCAACGUUGCCAAAAUACCUGUUUGAUCUUCCACUUAAAGUCCUGGUUGUCAGUAAUAAUAAGCUGGUCUCCAUUCCAGAAGAAAUUGGAAAGCUGAGAGAUCUAAUGGAGUUGGAUAUUAGCUGCAAUGAACUUCAGGUUCUUCCCCAGCAAAUAGGAAAACUGCAGUCACUUAGAGAAUUAAACAUAAGAAGAAAUAAUCUCCAUAUGUUGCCAGAUGAACUAGGAGACCUUCCUUUGGUAAAGCUGGAUUUUUCUUGUAAUAAAAUUACAGAAAUUCCAAUUUGUUACAGAAAGUUACGUCACUUACAAGUAAUAGUUUUGGAUAACAAUCCAAUGCAGAUACCACCAGCACAGAUAUGCUUAAAGGGUAAAGUACAUAUAUUUAAAUUCCUCAGCAUUCAGGCAUGCCUCAGAAUAGAUAAAAAACCAGAUUCCUUGGAUCUUCCAUCGCUGGGUAAACGAAUCCCCUCCCAGCCACUGACAGACAGUAGCAUAGAGGACUUUUAUCCCAAUAAAAAUCAUGGACCAGACUCUGGCAUUGGAAGCGAUAAUGGAGAUAAAAGAUUGUCCACAACAGAACCAUCUGAUGACGAUACAAUCAGCCUUCACUCCCAGGUGUCAGAAUCAACAAGGGAACAGACACUGAGGAACGACAAUCAUGUAGUGGGGAAUAAACUCGAUCCACAGAAAGACCAGGAGGUGUAUGAUUACAUUGAUCCUAAUGCAGAGGAGGGAGCUGUUCCUGAGCAGGGAGAUGUGCAGAUUGGACCACUGCUGUCUUAUAUAAAGGAACGAGGAAAACACCCUGAAAAAUCCCAAAAGAUAGAGCACAGUGAGGACUGGGGAGAUGAAAAAAGGCUUCAGAAAGAACAGCUGCUGGCUGAGGAAGAUGAUGAAAUCAAAGAAGUGACAGACUUGAGAAAAAUAGCUGCUCAGUUACUGCAGCAAGAACAAAAACACAGGCUUCUUAAUCAUUCAGCCUCAGUAAGCACGAGGAACAGGCCAAAGCAGCCAGUGGAGUCUGAAAAAUGUGUCUCAGCAGAUGAAGUGAACUCUCCAGUGUCUCCAUACAGCUGGCAGCCACUGGAAAACCAGAAGGAUUCAGUGGACGAUCAGCGCUGGCCAGAAACACAGCCAAUAAUUUGGCAGAAUGAAGAAAGGAGGAGAAGUAAACAGAUUAGAAAAGAGUAUUUCAAGUAUAAAUCUUCCAGGAAGAGUUCAAGUGGAAAUGAAAACGAUGAGCAAGACAGUGAUAAUACUAAUGUGUCCCCACAGUCUCCUGUGUCGUCCGAGGAUUAUGAAAGGACUGAUAGUAACACUCACGGUCCGUUUGGUCUCAAACCAAGGUCAGCUUUCAGCCGUGCAGCUCGCCAGGACUAUGGAGCAAUGGAUCCUGGAUUUACAAUGAGGAGGAAAAUGGAGCAUUUAAGAGAAGAAAGGGAACAAAUAAGACAACUUCGCAAUAAUCUUGAAUCAAGGUUAAAAGUAAUCUUGCCAGAUGACAUUGGGGCAGCACUGAUGGACGGAGUCGUUCUUUGCCAUCUAGCCAACCACAUAAGGCCACGCUCCGUUGCCAGCAUUCACGUACCAUCGCCAGCAGUGCCUAAACUCAGUAUGGCAAAGUGCCGAAGAAAUGUUGAGAACUUUCUGGAUGCUUGUAAAAAAUUGGGCGUUCCACAGGAGAGACUGUGCUUGCCUCAUCACAUACUGGAGGAGAGGGGUCUGGUGAAGGUUGGCCUCACAGUUCAAGCUCUGCUUGAAUUGCCCACGUUGAAAGUAUCUCAACUUUCUGCCAUGUAACACGAGUUCUUGGAAGCUCUGGAGCAGUUCAGCUUCCUACAUAGGAUUCCUACAUAGGAACAUCCAAGCCAUCAAAAACUAAUGUCUGUCCAGAUGCUGUAGAGAGCCUUACUUUGGAAUUAUACAUGAAAACCUUGGAGUCAGCUGAUGUUAAAAUACCAUAACGAUUCGUUUCCUUUUGUAGUUGGAUGCACAAAGAUUUUGCAUCAGGUUCUCUUUCCAUUUAAAGUUAAAACUUUAAGUUCAAAAUGACCAUUUAGCAUCUCACAAUGUUACAGUUAAAUGCUGGAUUUCUUUUUCUACAUUGGAAACGGUUUUCGAAUUAAUUUAGAAGUACAAAACCUGAUCCUCCUUGCUUGAAUUAUGAAGGUCAACUGUCUGAUUUAAAGGCAAAACGAAAACGUGGCUAUGAUUUGAUGGUAAAAACGCAGUGACUGAUAGCUGUAAUCCACUCCCACUCUCUUAGAAACCUUAACUUUAGUGUUCUUUCUUUUUAUUUUUGCACUCCUGAUUGUAACUUACGCACUUCCAACAUUGCCAGUAUUUAGUCUGAGUGUGUGGUGAUGCAAAACAAUGGGAAAAAGGACACUGAGUUUUGUUUUUUUUCCAGUCUUCUAGGUUGGUGCCAAAUAUUUUUUUCAGUUGUACUGUAGAUUGUUUACAUGUGAAGUGCCUGUGUAAUUGAUAACUCUUACUAGUCUUAAACAUUUUUUGAGAUUUCUUUGUUGAAAAUAGAUAAAAUGGGAAUUUUUAAAUAUUUUAAUAGUUUUUUGUAAAAUCAACACGUGGAGAUUUAACUGAUGCUUCACAUUUUUUUGAUGUUGGGUGUUUUAAGUUUGUUGCACAGUUGAUUAUGUCGUUAUCUAAUAAUUAGAAAAGACUGUAAAUACACUUUAUUUAUGAUAUUUAAUUUGAUAAUACCUAAUCAUUUUUUUGUUUGUUUUAAUGUAUUGUUGGGUAAACAAAGCUGUCUACUUCUCUUUGCUUGGGACAAACAAAUACACGUGGUGAGUACGAAGUGAGGAUUCGUGAUGCAUACAGAGUAAUGGAGGACAUUUUGAUAAAACUGCCAAUAUCUCAGGUUUAUACUGUGAAUCCCAGGACCUCAUGUAAUACUGCUCCUGAGUUCACAUUACCUUUUUACAAUUUGCAAUGACCCACGAUUGAGUUGAGGAAUCUCGGUGUCCAUCCUUGUCACGUUCACAGGAUUUAUUGUGCGAGUUGCAUGAGAGUGUGGCACAGCACACAGAUCAGUUUGCACAGAUGUCACUGUGCCAAGCCGUUGGGUUUCUGAAAGAGUACAAUUCCCACUGUGCUGCAUUGUUUGUUUUUACCUUCUUUUUGUAUUCUGAGCAGAUUCUCAGUAUUCUGAGAGCAUUCUGAAACCCUGCACAGAAUACACAGCUGAAUUCAUUUCCAGAAAGGCUGCACAUCAUUUGGUGGUUUUAGUAGCAGGUUGAAUUAGUUUGUUGGAUAGGUAGUUCAUAUAUACAAAAAAAAAAAGCUUUGUCACAGAUAUUCUGUUUUAGGCUAAAUUAAUUUUGACUGAGGGAUGUGUUUGCCUUGUGUGUAACAGGAUUUGGUUCUGUCCUUUCCUUUAAGGUUUCACAGCUCAUUGAAAAGCUGAUGUAAAGCUGCAUUUCCAACGUCCAAGUCUAAAAUCUUUCUUAAACAGAAUAAACGUGUGAUCUGUAGUCCUUUGACAUUUUGAAAUGCUGUAGAUGCUGUAUCUUAAAUUGGUUGUUGCAUCACUCACAUAGUACUCAUUUCAACAACUUAAAUUCAAAGGCAGUGCCUGUAAUUCUGUGAUCUGAGGUCAUGCUAAGGCUAAAAUGAGAAGGUAAUGUGUUUCAUUAAGCUGAUUUCUUGUUGCUGUGUGCUGCAGUUGAAGAACACAACCAUCCAACAGGAGUAACUCAUUGUCUUUCAGUUCCAUGCUGCGUGAUAUCUGAUGGCUGUAACAGUUCUGUUUCAGUUUGUUGGCCAUUGAAUUGCUGGCUAUGAAUGGUCACUCCAAGUUUUUUGGCUUAACCCAAUUCACACUGCUGCUUAAUUGUCACUUAGAUAUUUUUUCUUGCUUUAAACACUUUCUAUCCAAAUACAACUAAACUUAUCAAUUUACCAUAUCGCAGUGUAAAUGUUAAGAAUCCCCUUGAUGUAACGUACCAGAUACUUACCAGAUUUAUGAG